UCGGAAAAGCCAUCUUUGCAUUGUUCCCGGCCGCUUCUGUGUGCUGGGCAUCGCAUCUCUCCUUCCCGCUGCAGCCGCUGCUGUCUUCAGCUCUUGCCUGCCCGGCCCCUUCUCUGCUGCCCGCCUGCUGCUUCCAGUUCGCACCUCGGCGGCGUGCUUGUGUGUGGGCUACCCCUCCUCGCGCGUGGGAUACUCCUGCCACCUGCGCCCUCGGCCCAACGACCCCUCGAGCAUCCCUCGUCGGCCCGUCCGCCUGGCAGCUGCCCCCGCCCCACCAUGUCAGACACCGCCGUGGACACCAGCUCCGAGAUCUCGACCAAGGACUUGAAAGAGAAGAAGGAAGUGGUGGAGGAGACGGAGAAUGGCCGCGAUGCCCCCGCUAACGGGAACGCGAAUGAGGAGAACGGUGAGCAGGAGGCUGACAACGAGGUAGACGAAGAGGAAGAAGAAGGUGGCGAAGAGGAAGAUGAAGAAGAAGAAGGAGAUGAUGAGGAAGAAGAUGGAGACGAGGACGAUGAUGCCGAGACAGCUACGGGCAAGCGGGCAGCCGAGAGUGAUGAGGAGGAGGACGUGGACACCAAGAAGCAGAAGACUGAUGAGGAUGACUAGACGGCAAAAAAAAAA